CUGAGGCAUAGAGCCGGACAGUGAUUCAGAUACCAGGAGCUGCCCAGUGUGGAGCUGAGUGCUCAGGACGGGACUCGGCGGGCUCAGGGUGCGGAUCUAUCCAUUCCUCACUGUGUGACCUGGACAGGCACUAGACAGGAGUCUGCAGGGGUCUCCACAGAAGGCAUCAGGAUGUCGUAUUUUGGGGAGCAUUUUUGGGGCGAGAAGAACCACGGCUUCGAGGUUCUGUACCACAACAUGAAGCAGGGGCCCAUCUCCACCAAGGAGCUGGCAGAAUUCAUCCGGGAGAGGGCCACUAUCGAGGAGACCUACUCAAAAGCGAUGGCAAAACUUUCCAAGCUGGCCAGCAACGGAACCCCCGUGGGGACCUUUGCCCCGCUCUGGGAGGUCUUCCGUGUCUCCUCGGACAAGCUGGCGCUCUGCCACCUGGAGCUGACCCGGAAGCUGCAGGACCUCAUCAAGGACGUGCUCCGCUACAGCGAGGAGCAGCUCAAGAUGCACAAGAAGCUGAAGGAGGAAGCAGGGGGCACCCUGGAUGCUGUGCAGGUCCUCGCGGGCGUCAGCCAGCUCCUGCCCAAGUCCCGGGAGAACUACCUGAACCGGUGCAUGGACCAGGAGCGGCUGCGAAGGGAGAGCACGAGCCAGAAGGAGAUGGACAAGGCAGAGACCAAGACCAAGAAGGCGGCGGAGAGCCUGCGGCGCUCCGUGGAGAAGUACAACUCCGCUCGCGCUGACUUCGAGCAGAAGAUGCUGGACUCGGCUCUGCACUUCCAAACCAUGGAGGAGACCCACCUCCGGCACAUGAAGACGCUGCUGGGCUCCUACGCCCACUCGGUGGAGGACACGCACGUGCAGAUCGGGCAGGUUCACGAGGAGUUUAAGCAAAAUAUAGAGAACAUCAGCGUGGAAAUGCUGCUGAGGAAGUUCGCAGAAAGCAAGGGCACGGGCCGGGAGAAGCCUGGGCCGUUGGACUUUGAGGCGUACAGCGCAGCCGCCCUGCAGGAAGGCAAGUACGUCUGGACCUGGACGCCCAGGCUGGACUGCAAGCCCUUCAGACAGCUCCAGGGUUCCUCCCCUUCCAGCUGUUUGAGAACACUCCUUGCUUUGCCAACCCCAGACUCACUGUCCCUCACCCCAGGCCAGCCCCGGGGUUCCCCCACCUGCAGGGCCAGCUCUGGACAUUAUCACAGUCCAGGCCCAGCCCCUCAGUUGCCAUUACCAGUGUUGGGGGCCAAGGGCAGGGCAGAUGGGGUGGGAGGGCUGAUACCAACGUCUCUUUUUGUUAUCUGCAGAGAUUCUCUGGAGCCUGACCCACGGGCCUGUGCAGAGGUGGAUGAAGAAGGUUUCACUGUCCGGCCGGAUGUGACCCAGAACAGCACAGCUGAGCCCUCCCGCUUCUCGUCCAGCGACUCAGACUUUGACGACGAAGAGCCCCGCAAGUUCUACGUGCACAUCCUCAUCCUCCCUCCAGGCCCGGGGGGCACCAUGAAACGCCACUCCUCGCGGGAUGCUGCUGGGAAGCCACAGAGGCCUCGGUCCGCCCCGAGGGCCGGCAGCUGCACAGAGAAGCUGCAAUCCGAUGAGCUGGCCUCCAAAACCCUCUUUGGGCCACCCCUAGAGUCAGCCUUUGACCACGAAGACUUUACAGGUUCCAGCAGCCUCGGCUUCACCUCCAGCCCCUCGCCUUUCUCCUCCUCAUCGCCAGAGAACGUGGAAGACUCUGGCCUGGACUCACCAUCCCACGCAGCGCCUGGCCCCUUCCCAGAUUCCUGGGCCCUCCGCCCGGGCACCCCGCAGAGCCCACCUACCUGUAGGCCGCAGCCACCCGAGUCUAGGGGGACGCGGUCCCUGCUGUCUUCAGACUCGCCACUGCCCCUUGCGGCAUCCCCAGGCCCCUGGGGGCGGGAGGCUGUGGCCGGAGGCGACCCAACGCCCGGACCGACUGACCUUCCGGCCACGGAGGGCCUGGCAGCCCCGCCCCGGAGGCCCCGCUCCCGGAAAGUGUCCUGCCCCCUCGUGAGCAGCAACGGGGACCUGCCUCAUUCUCUGAGCUCCUCCCCGCUGGGCUCCUCCGUCCCCGGCACCGGCCCCGAGCGCGCCAGCGUCUCCUCCCAGACGGGACACGGAAUCUCCCGGGGCCCAAGCCCUGUGGUCCUGGGCUCCCAGGAUGCCCUGCCCGUGGCCACCGUCUUCACCGAGUACGUCCACGCCUACUUCCGUGGCCACAGCCCUAGCUGCCUGGCUCGAGUAACUGGGGAGCUGACCAUGACCUUCCCAGCCGGCAUUGUGCGUGUGUUCAGCGGGACCCCGCCCCCACCGGUCCUCAGCUUCCGUCUUGUACACACCACCCCCAUCGAGCACUUCCAGCCCAAUGCCGACCUGCUCUUCAGCGACCCCUCCCAGAGCGACCCUGAGACCAAAGACUUCUGGCUCAACAUGACAGCCCUGACGGAGGCCCUGCAGCGCCAGGCAGAGCAGAAUCCAGCCGCCUCCUACUACAAUGUAGUGCUGCUGCGGUACCAGUUCUCCCGCCCGGGGCCCCAGUCUGUGCCGCUGCAGCUGAGCGCCCACUGGCAGUGUGAGGCGACCCUCACUCAGGUCUCGGUGGAGUACAGCUACCGGCCCGGUGCCACGGCUGUGCCCACGCCACUCACCAAUGUCCAGAUCCUGCUGCCUGUGGGGGAGCCUGUGACCAAUGUCCACCUGCAGCCGGCUGCCACCUGGAACCUGGAGGAGAAGCGGUUCCUAUGGAAGCUUCCAGAUGUGUCCGAGGCAGGGGGCUCUGGCCGCCUGUCUGCCAGCUGGGAGCCGUGCUCAGGACCCAGCACGCCCAGCCCCGUGGCCGCUCAGUUCACCAGCGAAGGGGCCACUCUGUCCGGCGUGGACCUGGAGCUGGUGGGCAGUGGCUACCGCAUGUCGCUGGUAAAGAGAAGGUUCGCCACAGGGAUGUACCUGGUGAGUUGCUGAGCCCGGGAGGCUGACCAGCCCACUGGCCCCAGCUCUGCGGAGUCCUGGUGCUUGGUGACUGCUCCCUGCCCACCUGCCGGACCCUGGGGUCCCAGCCUGGCCUCCCCCGAGGCCCUGACUCUGUGGAGAGGAGCCCCACGCCCAGCCUGGCUGAGCCCGAGAUUCACUCCCGCUCAUACCAGCUCCCACACAGGUCCUUGGACUUUUAAUGUUCUUUGAAUAAACACUUUAUUUUCUAAUAAAAUAA